AUGUGUCUGUCGGUGUGGGUGCUGGACGGCCAUCCGCUCUACGCGCUGCUCCUCGCCUCCAACCGCGACGAGCUCCUCGCCAGGCCCACGGACCCCGCGCACUAUUGGCGCGACGACCCGCGCGUGCUGGCGGGGCGCGACCUGCAGUGCGGGGGCACGUGGCUGGGCGCGAGCACGGGCGGGCGCGUCGCGUUCCUCUCCAACUGCUGGGCCGUCCGCAAUCGCGCCGACGCCAUCAGCCGCGGCGCCCUCAUCUCCGACUUCCUGCAGGGCGCGUGGCGCGCGGACGGCGCGUGGCGCGCGGACGGCGUGGAAGGCGCGGACGGCGCGGAGGGCGCAGGGGGCGCGGAAGGCGCAGGGGGCGCGGAAGGCGCAGGGGGUCCGCGGGAGUACCUGGAGUCCGUGGCGCGGCGCGCGCACCUCUUCAACGGAUUCAACCUCGUUGCUGCUGACGUGGCAUUCGACGAGAGCAGGCACAGCGCGGAUGCUGCAGGGGCGGAGGAGUAUGAGCAGCAGCAGCAGCAGGAGCAGGGGCGCAGAAGUGCAGAAGGGGGAGGCACAGAGGGCGCAUGUGGGGGGGAAGCCAGCAGGAGCCCCUCCGCGCAUGUGCGCAUGUACUAUCUGACAAAUGCCCCGCAUCAUGAAGGAGAGGGCGCAAAUGGAGGCGCGUAUGGUGGUGGGGAGGAGAGGAAUGGGGCGGCGGCAUGUGGUGUGAUGCGCGUGGAGAGAGGGCUACAUGGACUCAGUAAUGCGGCUCUCGACACUCCCUGGAGCAAGGUGGAGCGAGCCAAGGCGCACCUAGCCGAGCUGCUGUCAGAGAGCAAAGGGGGCGAGGUGCCAGCAGAGGUGAUUAUAGAGAGAGUGCUCAUGGACGCAUGGCAGCCUGUGCACCCUCACACCAGUGCAGACGUGGCUGAGGCAGAGCACUGCCCUAUGGGGCCGGAGUAUGAUCAGAGGCUGACACCUGUCUUUGUCAACUGUGACACUCCCAAG